CUUAAGGAUUUACUUAUCUAACAUACUUACCUUUUUACUUACUUACCAAGGUUACCUAGCAAUUCGAAGACAAGGGCGAGGCUAUCAAUGACUAACACACAUCUCUUUAUUCCUCAUCUACUGGACCCAAUUAUCUAGACUUCAUCUCAACUUGAUCUAUAAAUAAUAUAGAAUUUUCACCAAUAAAGUGUGAAACAUGUCUCUGACCGUCCUAUCUGACGAGCAGAUUCGAUAUUUGUUAGAGAAUCUAAGCCAUGAAGAGGCAGGAAGGUUUAUGGAGACAUUGCAAAAUGCUCUUCAUGAAUACUCAACUGGUACACAGUCGAUAGCUGAUGGCGUUGUCCACCAACCCGAACGGACGUCGGUACAUUCUAACACGACUGGUACAACCACACUGUUCAUGCCAUCGUAUAGUACUCUUGGUCAUGCAGUGAAGGUUGUAACACUUUCAUCACCAUCAGCUGAUCCCGCACUACCUGCUAUUACGCCUACGGGGUCGGUGACCCUAUACUCCCCUCAAGGACCACCUCUUGGCUUCCUUAACGCCAAGACCUUGACUGCAUUUCGUACAGCCUUGGCCUCUUCUUGUCUUCUGAUGAAACGGGCUUCAGUUCGUACUUUGACUGUCUUUGGUUCGGGUUUACAGGCAUACUGGCAUAUCCGCUUGGCGCUGAUGCUGCGCGGCGAUACUAUCCGUCAGGUAUACAUUAUCAACCGCCGAUUCAGCGAGAGUGCAAGGGAUACGUUCAAGAAAAUCUACGGUAUACAUACGGAGAUUAAGCAGCGUGAAGGAUGGGAAAAAGCACAAUUCAGUCUCCUUACCCCUGGCUAUGGAGAGUUUGAUAGGCUGCAGAGGGACCACUUGAGAGCUGCAGACGUUAUUUAUUGCUGUACGCCGAGCACAAAGGACCUGUUUGACGCGAGCAUCCUCACAAGCCACGAGGGGCGUAGAAAAGGCAGAUUGAUCGUGGCGGUCGGGAGUUACACACCACAGAUGCAUGAACUGCCUCGAGAAUUGCUACUCCAGGCCACCAAAAACCAUGUACCGGGCCAUCUCCACUAUCACAAACAUGCGACCGAAGGAGGAGUAAUAGUCGUCGACACAUUAGACGGUGCACUGAAAGAGGCAGGCGAAAUCAUCGAGGCUGGUCUAGAGCCUAAGCAGCUCGUCGAACUAGGUGAAUUAGUCAUGAUCCACAGACUCGCUAAGGAAGAGGAAGAGGAAUCGCUUGCCUCCCAAAGUUCUACUGAAACAUCUUCCAUAAACGACUCUCUUGAGAAACUCGAUAUCACAUCGUCUGGUACCGCCAUGUCCACCGUGUUCGGUUCCGAAUCCGGCAGCGGAAGCAAGCGUUCGUGCUCCCGAAGCCCGAGCCGGCGUGGAAGUAGCAGCGGCCAGUCACGUCCCUCCUACCACCGCCGUAGUUCGAGUCAGCUAGUUUCCGAGGACCAGGAACAUAAGAAGUCACAGCCACAAAGCCGCGAUAAUCAUCUGUCUCGCUGGCUCUCCGUUGGCAAUGUCAUAUACAAGAGCGUAGGGCUAGGACUCAUGGACCUCGUGGUCGGGUUCGAAAUCGUACGAUUGGCGAAGGAGAGGGAUCUGGGCAGCCAUGUCGAGGGAUUCUCUUCGUAGUACGGAGAGAACACCCGUCCCCCGCUGGCACAUAUAAUGAGUGACCUGGAACUACUUCCGGUAUGUCGUUGCGGCAAGGGCCAAAGUCAGCGGCAGCGGCGAAUGUCACAUUGAUUU